CACGGAUAUCAGACCGCGGCUCUGUGGGCGGAGGCCUCCGUGGCUCCCCACGGCGGAUCCUGAUGAAAAGGCGGCCCAGGUUCUGAGGCGUUUAUUGUCAUGGUGGAAAGUACACGUGUAAAACCGUACCCCACUUCUCAGGGCGGGCCUGAGAUUAAAUCCCUUUUGCAGGGAGGAGUCUCUGGGAAGGAAAGCUCAUUGGCUAGGCCCCCAGGCUUUAGGUGCCUAUUAAAAUGCAGAUUUGUCUUGAGCCUUCUUGACCACAGGUCCCGUCCUCUACCUGUGGAGGGGCCUGGGGCGCUGCUCUAAGUCACUGAUGCCACAAAUCUGUGUGUGUCCGAGGGCUGCAGCCACUGACUGCUGUGCCUGGUGUGCUGGGGCCUGGUGUGCUGGGGCCUGGUGUGCUGGAACAGGCAAAGCUCCUACUCUGGUGCUUGGAGCCUUAGCUCAACCAGGGACCAAGCUACCGUUCAUGGUCGCACAGUUAACUUGGGGGUACGGGGUGGGGGGCGUUAGCCAGCAACGGGGAGGAUUAGAAACGCUCAGCAUUAAGGAGUCAAGGCAUAGUAAAAUUAACUGCGUAUGUGCGUGCGUGUGUGUGGUGUGUGCGUGCAUGUAUGUAUUUGCGUGCAUGUAUGUAUUUGCGUGCAUGCCUAUGUGUGUGGGUGUGUGUUCAUGCGUGCGUGCCUGUGUGUGCGCGUGCAUGUGUGUGUGUGUCUUUCAUUCAUGAAUCUCAGGCUGUUGCUCCUUCUGCAGCAUGGCUUUCAGUACAGAUUACACACACCGGAAACACUAACAACUUUCCUCUUCUCUUGUGUCUCUCUGCCCCGCCGGUCCAGUGGAGUGAUCUUCAGACCGCAGCAGUGCCUUCCCCACCCCUUACCUCCCGUGGGUGCAGCAGAUGGAAGGAGCAGGGGUGGGGAAGUACAAUGCAUAGCGACUGUCUCCGUGGAGCAGACACAGCGGCCUAUCCAGAGGGCAUCCACUCCUUGUGCAGAAUACCCAGAAACAACGAGCCUCCUGGGACCAAACAACCACAAGAUUUUUGGACUUAGAACGCUCAGCUGACCAACACUGCGAGCUGGACUACAGACUCGCACAGCAGUAGAUGUUUCAUUGCUUUGAAUGGAAGAAAUCUUGCUCCAUCAACCACAGAGAGGCUGCUGGCCCACGACAAGCAGGAGAAGUGGAUCCCACCUCUCUCCCUGUGUCCUCCCUUGAAAAGUACCAUUGCACCUGUGAGUAAUGGGCAUUUGCUGUGCACAGAAGCGGGAGAUCUGUCAGGUUUAUGGUGGAUGCUGUUUAAUGCACUUCCUGUAGGUGACCUCCCAACUAAUAUCUUCCGAGAGAAGUUAAAAAGCAGAGAGCAAUGGUUACUAUCUCUGGGUCUUGCCUUCUGUUUUCUCUUUGGACAACUCUGGUCAUAGAGCAUGCUAUGAAGAGACAGGAGGGAGGGACCUUGCUGAUCACUGAGUCUGUGCCACCUCCCCACACUGACCCUGUGUAGCCAUACAUGGGUCGGACUCAUCUGCAUUAAUGAAUUUUCCCUUAGAUUCUGAUGAUCACCUUGACACUUUCUGUAAGGUGUAGGUAACAGUCAGUUCUAUGUAUACAUGGGACGUUGGUUCCAGGCCCCCUCAUCAAUAUCACGUCUGGUCAGGCCUCCUAUGUAAAAUUGUGUAGUGUUCAAUAUUCAAUACAAUGUGGAUUCUAAGAAAAUACAUUGGUUUAUUAGGAAAUCGUGACAAGCAGAUAGAUCUCUGCAUGUUUGAUACAGAAGUAACAUCUUUUAAAUGUCUCUCCGUCCUCCUUCUCCUUUCUCCUUUCAUUUUUCUUCAUCUAUAUCUGUUGCUGUAAAAUUAUAUUAAAUGGCUUUCUUCUACUCCCACUGGGUCUAGCACUGCAGUGCCCCAAGAUAUCUGCUCUUGGCAGAAACUCACAUCCCAGCCCUGGGGCAGCCCAGUGUCUCUGCUGCCACACACUCUUCCAACCUCCAUCCUCCACAUGAGAGAACACACAACACAACAACUCCUGAUCCGAUGGAUAAGAUAUAAUCGCCCAUGUAGACAUACAAGGCCCUGUACACAUCCAUCCCUUAAGAACAUUCAUAACAACCUGUAAAUACACAGAGUGGAAUCUUAACGUCAGCCUCCAUGUCCUCUCCGCGGCUUCUCUACCUUCUCCUCCAGUCUCCAGUCCUUUCCAUUUCAGUCUCCUCCUCUUCCUUCAAGCUUUUCUCCUGCCCACCCUUCCUUCUGUCCGAUGACAGGACUCAUUCUAUCCCGUACCUGCCUCACCUGUAUGACAUCAUCCCGCAUUUCACCCUUUUUGCGUAAUUAAAAAAAAAACUUCUCUCAAAUGUAAGCUGAGCACAACUAUUAUCAUUUUGUAAUUAAAAGCAUAAAAUAUAUCUAACACCCAGUCCAACACUAUAUCAGUUAAGCAGAACAUUUAGUUAUCCGUUCCAGCUUAAGAAAGGCUUAAAAUCUAUGUUAUAUCCUGGCUAGCUUGUAUCCUAUCUGAUAACUAUCUAAUAAAAUAUGUAUUUUCAGAGUUAAACAGCCUGUUAGGUUAUGAGACUAUAAUCAGUCUUCAACCCAGUCAGAAAUCUGAGAAUAACCAACUAUCUAUAAACAUAGGAAGACUAACACGGCUUCCAGACCUGAGAGGUUGUGGAUUUCUGACAUUUUUGAAAACCGUCUAUCUAUAUAGAACAAUCUGGACUGUUUUCCAUUUUUAUCUUAUUAUCUUGAAAGUACACUAGCAAACUCAGAGCCGUGAAUUUUCUAUUUGGCCCUUAACUCACAUGUGUAAUCAGCUCAGAAAUUCGUAAUGGCAUCAAUAGAAGGACUGACUCUAAACCUUGUACUUUUAAAAUUUUUUAACAAAUUCUAUACCAAAGUAAAGAUAUGGUUUUAGCUUAGUUACCAGAUGAGAUUAUGACUGCAUAACUCAAUCUAGCUAAUUCCUCCCUGUUAAAUUACAUGAAUCUCAGCAGCCACAAACCAAAAAUCCUAUUUUCCCAAAAUCUCUCUUUAAUUAUUAAUAUCGUGGGCCCCCUUCCGCUUGUGGGACAGAUCGAUAACUUACUGCAAGUUGAGUAAUGGGCUAUGCAAGCUAUUUACCCUGAUUCCAGGAGGAAGAAGGGAAAGAGCCUACUGAGUGCUGCGAGGGGAGCUCAGGCUGAAGUCAGGACCUGGAAGGUGCUCGUGCCAUUCAAGACUCACUGGCCAAUCAAAGCCUCCAGUCGUGCCAAUCAGAAUAGGAGGCGGGAUCUUCUGCGACCACGCGGCGGAUUCCUCCCGGUAGCUGCCCGGGCUCGAAUCCUCUGUCCUGCAACUGGAUGCUGUGGGGCGCGCUCAGGCAGGCUCUGCAGUUGUGGCAUGGAUGCAGUGACCUAUGAUGAUGUGCAUGUGAACUUGACUCGAGAAGAAUGGGCUUUGCUGGAUCCUUCACAGAAGAAUCUCUACAAAGAUGUGAUGCUGGAGACCUACUGGAACCUCACUGCUGUAGGCUACAAUUGGGGAGACCGUAAUAUUGAAGAACAUUGUCAAAGUUCCAGAAGACAUGGAAGGCAUAAAAGAAGUUCUACUGGAGAGAAGCCCUCUGAAUAUACUCAGUGUGGUAAAGCCUUUGCUUGUCACAGGUAUCCUCAAAGGUGUGAAAGAAUUCGUACUGGAGAGAAACCCUAUGAAUGUAAUCAAUGUGGCAAAGCCUUUGCAUAUCCUGGUCAUCUUCGAAGACAUGAAAGGAUUCAUACUGGAGAGAAACCUUACAAAUGUAAUGAAUAUGGUAAAGCCUUUGCAUUUAGCACUAAUCUCCGAAUACUUAAAGCAACACAUACUGGAGUGAAGCCCUACAAAUGUAACGAAUGUGGUAAAGCCUUUGCACGACACGGUCAUCUCCAAAUGCAUAAAGUAACACAUACUGGAGAGAAACCUUACAAAUGUGAUGAGUGUGGUAAAGCCUUUGCAUAUCAUAGUUAUCUCCACGUACAUAAGAGAACUCACACUGGAGAGAAACCCUAUGAAUGUGAUCAAUGUGGUAAAGCCUUUGCAUAUUAUGGGUAUCUCCACGUACAUAAAAGAAGUCACACUGGAGAGAAACCCUAUGAAUGUGAUCAAUGUGGUAAAGCCUUUGUAUAUCAGGGUUAUCUCCAAGUACAUAAAAGAACUCACACUGGAGAGAAACCCUAUGAAUGUGAUCAGUGUGGUAAAGCCUUUGUUUGCCCUGGUCAUCUUCAAGUACAUAAAAGAACUCAUACUGGCGAGAAACCCUAUGAAUGUGAUCAGUGUGGUAAAGCCUUUGUUUGCCCUGGUCAUCUUCAAGUACAUAAAAGAACACACAUUGGAGAGAAACCCUAUGAAUGUGAUCAAUGUGGUAAAGCCUUUGCACAUCAUUGGUAUCUCCAAGUACAUAAAAGAAUUCACACUGGAGAGAAACCCUACAAAUGUAGUCAGUGUGGUAAAGCCUUUUCACAACAGAGUCAUCUCCAAGUACAUAAAAGGACACAUACUGGAGAGAAAACUUACAAAUGUAAUCAGUGUGGUAAAGCCUUUGCAUAUCCUGGUUAUCUUCAAGUACAUAAAAGAACUCACACUGGAAAGAAACCCUACAAAUGUAAUCAAUGUGGUAAAGGCUAUUCACAAUCAGGUCACCUCCAAGUGCAUACAAGAACACAUACUAGAAAGUAACCCUAUGGAUGUAACCAACGUGGUAAAGUCUUUACAGGUCGGAAUGAUCUUCAGAGAUAGGGUUUGAAUAUGCUUGGCCCAUAGGUAGUGGCACUGUUUGGAGAUGUGGCCUAAGGAACUGUGUCACUGUGGGGCUGGACUUUGAGAUCCUAUGCUUAAGCUCCACCCAGGGCAGAAGAGUCUUCUCCUGGCCGCCUUCUGAUCAAGAUGUAGAACUCUCGGCUCCUACAGGACCAUGUUUGCUUGGACACUGCCAUUCUUCAGCCUUGAUGAUAAUAGACUGAAUCUGUACACCACCCACCAAUUAAAGGUUGUCCUUUAUAAGAGUUGCCUUGGUCAUAGUACAUUUUCACAGCAAUAAAAUCCAAAUUAAGAUAAAAGGCAUAAAAGAUAUUACACCAGAGAGACCCCCUUUGAAUGUGUUGGAUAUAGCAAAGCCUUUGCACAUUUCUAUAGUCCUCACUAUAGCAGAAGUAUUCACACUUCCAUUCCCUGAAACCCUGUGAAUGGAAGCAGUGUACAGCCUUUGCCCUUCACAGUUUUCUCUGGAUGCACAAAAGAACGCAUACUGGAGAAAAACCUUAUGGAUGUGCUCAGUAUGGUAAAGUCUCUCUGUGUUUUGAAAUCUGCAUAGAUCCAUAACAGUUCAAUCACCUGGUCAAAGUAAAGGCCAAGGGUUUGAUGUAGUGAGGCCGGGUGGGUUAGAAGGUUAGGGUUUAAGGUGGUUGGGGUUACAAAGUUAAGGGUUAGGGUUAGAGGGUUAGGGGGAUAGGAUUAGACAGUCAGGGCUGAGGCUGAGCUUAGGGACAGGUUAGGGGUGGAAGGGCAGUUCCGGUCAUGGUUAGGUUAGUGUCAGGAGCCAACAAGCUAAUAACUGGCAGGUGAUCUUCCUGAGAUGGUCUUCCUUGGUUAUAAUAAUCCAUUGCAGAUUUGCUCCCGUAGUCAAGGCCCAGGAGAAAAUCACUCUAGGAAAGAUUCCUGCUAUUAAUAUGCUUUUCCUGUCAUUAAACAUAUGGGACAAUCACUAGGUAUUAGCCUACCAUUUUGAGCAGCUCUCUGCAGAUUUAUGAAGAUUUUCUGUCUUGUUAAGUCCUUUCUGAUAGUCAAAACAGCAAUGAGAGCUCUGCCAGUUCCCCACAUGUUAACGGUUCAUUGCUUCUAGAUGGCAGUCAGAUUUUCUACCUCUCAGAGCACAUUCCAAGAGGUUGUAAAACCGUUCACCAAAGGUCAUCAAAAGGAACUAAUGACUUAUUUUAAGACAGAAGAUAAGAUAUUGCCUGAGCUUAUCCAUACAAAACUUCACCAAUAACUUAGUUACUCGGUUUUAAAAUCUUGAUGAACCUGUGGAAGCUGAGACAGGUGAUGAACGUUUAGCCAGGUAAUUUCUCCUAAUAAUAUGCAUGUAAACAUUCACUGAUGUUAGCUUUUUAUUCAAUGUCUGAUUUAAAUUUCUGUGUAAACUUGUGCUCAACCCUUUAACAUGCGUUCUUCUAUUCUGAAAGAUGUAUAAGUGCUGAGGACAAAGAGAGGAGAGCGAAAUAUUUUCCCUUAUCCCCCUUUUUCAUUCAUUCUGUUUUCCCCCUUUUGCUUAGAGAGCUUUCAUAGGAAACGUUUUACAACUUAGUAAUAAAUGCUAAAAUCACUUUUC